AGUGGGGCCUCUAUUCCUGGAGGGGGAAUACUUCUUCUAGAUCCUAGAUCUAGUAGGAGUGUUCAUAGACUCUGCAAGUCUGUACAUUCGUUAUAUUGUUAGAUACCAUUAAACGAAUUACCUUCGCAGGCAGAAUCGUAUUGUGGUACCGUCGCUAGUCUAGGAACAGUCAUGAUCGUGCUACUUCUUUGGGCCCUGAGCGUAGUUGUUGACGGCAGUCAGUACCGGUUCGACUACAGCUACCACGAAGGAACGGGGGGAUGGUUCAAAGUCCACAAGAUACCUGCCACGUGGAACGACGCGAGGGUGCGCUGUGACUUAGAAGGCGCCGUGCUCGCUUCGCCUAUAAACACGAACGUCACGAUAGCGAUGGUAGGGUUGAUGAACAGAGCGGGACUGGACUUGGCGUGCGGCGUGUACACGGGCACCAGCGCACACUACUCCAAGGGAGACUACUUCUCAAUUGAAGGAAUCCCGCUAUCGCGGAUGUCAGUGGGGUGGAUGGCUACGGAGCCGGACAACUACAAGAACGGCGAGAGCUGCAUAGUUCUGGACCCCACCGGCUCCAUCGCCGACGUCCAGUGCUCCCAGGUCCUACCCUACGUCUGCUACAAGAAAGCCGGCAGCUUCGUCCCCCUCAACGAGUGCGGCACAUCCGACAACGAGUACAAAUUGUACAAGACGACUGGCAAUUGCUACAAGUUCCACACUCAGGCUCGCCCCUGGGCCAAAGCCUUCGAGGCGUGCUCCGCUGAGGGUGGAUACCUGGCCAUCCCCAACGACAAGGACGAGGCCAUGCAUCUGAAGGACUUAUUCAAGCAGAACCUCGACCGAGCCGCCAUCACCACCAAAUUUAAGAGCGUCAUGUUCCUUGGGUUUUCGGACAUCGACAAGGAUGGGGUGUGGACUACUGUACACGGAACCAGGUUGGAGGACGUGUACUUCAAUUGGAAGAAGGGCCAGCCGGAGGGGAAAAGAGGAAGCUCGCCCUGUGGAGCCAUGUACCAAGAUGGCGAACUGGACGACUACUUCUGUGAGAACCCCGCGCCGUUCGUGUGCGAGAAGGCCGUGGACAGCUUGUUAUGAUGAAGAACAGUAUUUAACACCAGCAGACUAAGCAUGCCACUAUACAGGGGGUAACAAAACUUUGUGAUAACACUUUCGGACUAUGUGUUACUUAUAUAGAGUUCACUGUGAAAGUAGCAACCCUGAAUUUUUCCAUACAAAGAUGAAAAGAAAAAGUUACUCUUUCAGCGCUGCUACUUUCACAGCGAACUCUAUAUAAGGCACCCGUACACACCCUAUAGUAUUAUCACUUAGUUUUGUUACACCCUGCGAAUUAAUAGAAACGCUGACAGUUUUUGCGGACAAUCUGACAGAUUUUCUUUGCUAAUUCACUUUGUCUUCUUUACCGUAGAAACAUUUCUAUGGUGGCCAUGCCUGCAGUUAAAACACACUUCUCUCUAUACAAACUCUCUGAAUACAAAAUACAUGACAUGAUACA